ACCGCAAUCAUGGGAGCAGCAGAUUAUGGAUAUUACCGCACUGUUAUAUUCAUCUCAAUGUUUGUGGGCUACAUGCUAUAUUACUUCAACCGAAAGACUUUCUCCUUUCUAAUGCCAUCAGUGAUGGAGGAGAUUGAUCUGGAUAAAGAAGAUCUUGGGCUGAUCACCAGCAGUCAGACUCUGGCCUACGCUAUCAGUAAGUUUAUCAGCGGAGUGCUUUCUGACCGGAUCAGCGCUCGCUGGCUCUUCGCCAUCGGGCUCUUCAUUGUAGGCACCAUAAACAUCGCCUUUUCCUGGUCAUCCACUGUCAUGAUGUUUACCGUGCUUUGGUUCGUGAACGGGUUCGGUCAGGGUUUCGGCUGGCCACCAUGUGGAAAGGUGCUUCGGAAGUGGUUUGAACCGUCUCAGUUUGGCACAUGGUGGGCCAUCCUGUGCUGCAGUAUGAACCUGGCAGGAAGUCUGGGACCCAUCAUCACUACAGUGCUGGUUCAGUACUAUAACUGGAGAAUCAUCAUGUCCAUGUCUGGGGUGAUUUGCAUGGCCGUCGCUGUCGUUUGCCUUCUGAUGGUGAAGAACGAACCCAGUGAUGUGGGGCUGCCCAACAUUGAGCCUGGAGCUAAAAAGGGCAAAGGGAAGAAGGGAGGCCCUAAUGAGGAAAGCAGUCUAAAAGAGUUCCUGUUGUCUCCGUACCUUUGGGUGCUGUCUGCGGGAUACCUGGUUGUGUUUGGGGUAAAGAUCGCCUGUACUGACUGGGGUCAGCUCUUCCUCAUGCAGGAAAAAGGCCAGUCUGCCAUGAUGGGCAGCUCUUACAUGAGCGCGCUGGAAGUUGGUGGGUUUUUUGGCAGCAUUGGAGCUGGUUAUCUGUCAGACAGGGCUGUUGCUCGGCAAGGGCUGGGUAUCUAUGGUAAUCCUCGCCAUGGGCUACUCCUGAUGAUGAUGGCAGGCAUGGCUGUGUCCAUGUUCCUUUUCCGGGUUACCAUCACAGCAGAGACCCCAGAGGAAGCACCGCUAUGGGUUUUGGCACUCCAUCCAGUUUCAGUCCUCACUGGUGUCUCAGAGAAAGAGCUUUGGAUUUUGAUUCUUGGUGCUGCAUUUGGAUUUUCCUCAUAUGGUCCAAUUGCCUUGUUUGGGGUUAUUGCGAGUGAGAGCGCCCCCUCCAAUUUCUGUGGGACAUCACAUGCUAUUGUAGCUCUGAUGGCAAAUGUUGGUGCAUUCAUUGCUGGCCUGCCAUUCAGCACCAUUGCUAAACGCUACAGCUGGGACACAGCAUUUUGGGUAGCAGAAGUCUCCUGUGCUAUAACAACUGUUUGUUUCUUCUUUGUGCGUAACAUGCGCACAAAAAUGGGCCACGUGCCUAAAAAGAUGGACUAAUCCUCUCAUUAAAAUGAUCCAAUCAGAGAGCCCUGCAAAUGUGACAGCACUCGAUUGGGACAUCUGGGCCUGGUUUCACAGACAGGGCUUAGAU